UUAACUAGCUAUCUAAUGAGCUGGAAGACAAUUCCCGUCAAAUUCGAUUCGUUCUUUGAUUGGAAACGCCCUCUCCAUCUAUUCGACGAGUUUCGCAGUACCAAAAAACAUGGAGACUUCGAGGUGGAGGUUGAUGUCAAUGGAUUUGACGAGCGCGAAAUUGAAGUAAAAGUCUUUGGGCGAGAAGUAUCUGUCCGAUGUCUUCACGAGGACCAAAAUAAUCGUCGUGAACUGAAUCGUUCUUAUCGCUUACCUGAUGAUGUUGAUGUUAACAGCGUGGAGUCUAAACUUUCAAAUCGUGGAAUUUUAACUAUUAGGGCUGCAAAACGUGAACCAAUACAUCAUGAAUCAACAUUUCCUCAGUCAGCUGGGUUUACCAACUUUCCAAGCUUGAAAAAAUCUGAUUUUGAAGUGGAGUUGGAUGUUCAUGAAUUCAAACCUGAAGAAGUUGAGGUUAAGGUUUCCGGCAACAAAGUUAACAUUCACUGCUUGCAUGAAGGGAAAGACUCAAGCCAAACUGUGAAAAAUGAAAUUAGUCGCUCCUAUGUUCUUCCAACAGAUAUUGAUCCGGAUUCUGUCAAAUCAAAACUUUCUGAUCGUGGAAUUUUAACUGUAGUUGCAUACAAGAAGGCCUAA